AUGGCCAAAGGAAAGGAAAAGAUGUAUAAAGACACUAUUAUGCAAGAUGAUGAUGCAAUUGUGGCAGACUUAUCUGAUGUAGAGGUGGACCUUGGUUUUUUAGGAAGUCCAGGAGGGGGAUUUAUGUAUGAUGCUCUUGACCCGGGUGCAGAGUCUGAUGGUGCCAACUCUUGGCACUCGGAGGAGAUGAAGACUCCUCCUAAUUCUGAAGAUGAAUUGGAAUCUGAUGGAGAAUCGGAUGAAUUUCCAAUCUUCCAGGAGGGACAGAGAUUUGGUGAGUUGCAACUGCAAGUGGGAAUGAAGUUUAAUACUAAACAAGACUUCAGGGAUGCUGUGCGAGAGUUUACCAUUCAGGAGGGUAGAAGGAUUAAGUUUGUAAAGAAUGACAAUGUGAGGUGUAGGGCAGUGUGCCAGGUGGAAGAGUGCUGCUGGGUUGUUUAUGCCUCAAGGGAUCAUGAGGACUCUUGCUGGCAAAUCAAGACCUUUUACGACGAUCAUACAUGUCCGAGAGAGAAUUCUAAUAGGGCUGCAAACAGAGCUUGGCUGGCAAGUAAGUUGGUCAAGAAGGUUAGAAAGUACCCCAACUUCAAGCAAUGUGAGGCUGCAACAUACUUCAGGUCUAAGUGUGAUCUCAUACUGCAUAGGAAUUCAUUAGCCCGAGCCUUGGCUGAUGCAAGAAAUAUUGUCUACGGGGAUGAAAAGGCACAGUAUGCCUUGUUAAGGGAUUAUGCUGAAACACUGCUAAAGACCAAUCCGGGAUCCACUGUAAAGAUUGGGGUUACUCCACUCCCUGACGGCAAAGUAAUGUUUGAUAAAAUGUAUAUCUGCCUGAGUGGUUGCAAGAACGGGUUUAAAGCUGGUUGUCGACCUUUAAUCGGCCUUGAUGGUGCAUUUCUGAAGACGCAGAUUGGUGGACAGAUAUUAUCAGCUGUCGCACAAGAUGCAAAUCACCACAUUUAUGUGGUUGCUUGGGCUAUAGUCAACAUUGAAAAUAAGGAGAACUGGAAAUGGUUUUUGGAGUUACUCCACGAAGACUUAGGAGACUAUAAGGCUAACGGGUGGUGUUUCAUUUCUGAUAUGCAGAAGGCUGAUUGGGGGUUGAUUUCGGCUGUGGAAGAGGUCAUGCCACAGGUCCACCAUCGUUUCUGUGUAUGGCACCUGUGGCGUAACUUUAACAAACAGUGGAAGGAUCUUGAGCUGCGGAGACUCCUUUGGGAUGCUGCAAGGUCAACCACCUUUCAAGAUUUUAUUGGCAACAUGGACAAGAUCAAAAGAGUCAGUGAAGAAGCAUAG